GCCGCGCUUGGCGGCGGCCGCGCGGCGCUUUUGCGACAGCGGCGACCGUCAAGCGCGAGCGGGGCGCUGGCGGCAGCCGCCCCCGCCGCCAUGGAGGCCCGCUUCACGCGGGGCAAAUCGCCGCUGCUGGAGCGCCCGCUGGGCCGCCCGCGGGCCGAGGUCAGCCUGGGCGCCUUCGCCCUGCUCUUCUCCGAGCUGGUGCAGUACUGCCAGCGGCGCGUCUACUCGGUGGCCGAGCUGCAGGCCCAGCUGGCCCGCCUGGGCCGCCGCGUGGGCCUCCGCGCCCUGGAGGCCUUGGCGGGCCGCGAGCGGGGCGCCCGCCGCGAGACCCGCCUCCUGGGCGCCCUCCUCUUCGUCAAGGGGCCCCUGUGGCGGGCCCUCUUCGGCAAGGAGGCCGACAAGCUGGAGCAGGCCAACGACGACGCCCGCACCUACUACAUCAUCGAGCGCGAGCCCCUCGUCAACGCCUUCAUCUCGGUGCCGCGCGACGCCAGCAGCCUCAACUGCGCCGCCUUCGCCGCCGGCCUCGUCGAGGCCGCCCUGGGCGCCGGCGGCUUCGCCGCCAAGGUCACCGCCCACUGGCACAAGGGCACCACCCUCAUGAUCAAGUUCGACGAGGCCGUGGUGGCCCGCGACAAGAGCCUCGAGGGCCGCUGAGGACGCCGCCGGGGCCCCUGGGGGCUUCCGGGCUCCGUGGAGAGGCUCGGCUUCCCGUCGGGGGACGUCGCGGGUCGGGUCUGGCCCUGCUGGCGCCGGUCCUCCGCCCUCCUGGUGGCCCUCGACCUUCUCCUUGUGUCUCCUGGUGGCCCUCGUUCUCCCUCAUGAGUCUCCUGGUGGCCCUCGACCUCCUCCUUGAGUCUCCUGGUGGCCCUCGACCUCCUCCUUGAGUCUCCUGGUGGCCCUUGACCUCCUCCUUGUGUCUCCUGGUGGCCCUCGACCUCCUCCUUGAGUCUCCUGGUGGCCCUCGACCUCCUCCUUGUGUCUCCUGGUGGCCCUCGACCUUCUCCUUGAGUCUCCUGGUGGCCCUCGACCUUCUCCUUGUGUCUCCUGGUGGCCCUCGACCUUCUCCUUGAGUCUCCUGGUGGCCCUCAACCUCCUCCUUGAGUCUCCUGGUGGCCCUUGACCUCCUCCUUGUGUCUCCUGGUGGCCCUCGACCUCCUCCUUGAGUCUCCUGGUGGCCCUCGUUGUCCCUCAUGAGUCUCCUGGUGGCCCUCGACCUUCUCCUUGAGUCUCCUGGUGGCCCUCGUUCUCCCUCAUGAGUCUCCUGGUGGCCCUCAACCUCCUCCUUGAGUCUCCUGGUGGCCCUUGACCUCCUCCUUGUGUCUCCUGGUGGCCCUUGACCUUCUCCUUGUGUCUCCUGGUGGCCCUCGUUGUCCCUCAUGAGUCUCCUGGUGGCCCUCGACCUUCUCCUUGAGUCUCCUGGUGGCCCUCGUUCUCCCUCAUGAGUCUCCUGGUGGCCCUCGACCUUCUCCUUGAGUCUCCUGGUGGCCCUCGACCUUCUCCUUUUGUCUCCUGGUGACCCUCGACCUUCUCCUUGUGUCUCCUGGUGGCCCUCGUUGUCCCUCAUGAGUCUCCUGGUGGCCCUCGACCUCCUGCUUGUGUCUUCUGGUGGCCCUCAACCUUCUCCUUGUGUCUCCUGGUGGCCCUCGUUGUCCCUCAUGAGUCUCCUGGUGGCCCUCGACCUUCUCUUUGUGUCUCCUGGUGGCCCUCGAUCUUCUUGAGUCUCCUGGUGGCCCUCGACCUUCUCCUCGAGUCUCCUGGUGGCCCUCGACCUUCUCCUUGAGUCUCCUGGUGGCCCUCGACCUUCUCCUUGAGUCUCCUGGUGGCCCUCGACCUUCUCCUUGUGUCUCCUGGUGGCCCUCGACCUUCUCCUUGAGUCUCCUGGUGGCCCUCGACCUCCUCCUUGUGUCUCCUGGUGGCCCUCGACCUUCUCCUUGUGUCUCCUGGUGGCCCUCGACCUUCUCCUUGUGUCUCCUGGUGGCCCUCGACCUCCUUGUGUCUCCUGGUGACCCUCAACCUCCUCCUUGUGUCUCUUGGUGGCCCUCAGCCUCCCUUGGGGCACCGGGGGUGGUUCCUGUCCCCACACGUUGGCCCUUGUCCCUCCUGGUGGCCCUCAGCCUCCGUUGGGGACACCACAGAUGGUUCCUGUCCCCAAAUGUUGGCCCUUGUCCAUCCUGAUGGCACUCGGCCUCCCUCAGGGACACUGGGGGUGGUUCCUGUCCCCACGCGCUGGCCCUGGUCCCCCCCGGUGGCCCUCACCCUUCCUCAGAGACCCUGGAGGUAGUCCCUGUCCCCACGCGCUGGCCCUUGUCCCUCCUGGUGGCCCUCGGCUCUUCGCUGGGGACCCUGGGACCAGUUGAUGUCCCCACGCGCUGUCCCUUGUCCCCCCGGUGGCCCUCGUCCUCCCUUGGGGACGGCGGAGCUGGCGUGUGUCACGAUAAACCCUCCUCCGUCA